UUUGCGCAGUAGAGAUGCGCAGUUCGCCGUCUCCGUGGCAACCGUUACUUUCUUUGCCUGAGGUAAACGCGUAUAGUUCACAUUCAAAGGAACAUUUUUAUUCAGAGCAGUGGAGCGAACUUUACAAAGAGCAUCGAAAUGACUCAUGUUCGAAGCUACAAUCCUCGUGUCCGUGUGGGGAACUGGAAAGAAGACGUGACUUUACGAGAGGAAACUCUAAAGGAGUUUAUUCUUCAGAAAGAGAGAGGUGAACUCACCGUCCAGAAGGAAGGAGCUUUGAGACAAAACAUCAUGCAACCAGUUAGCUUAUCAGUGUCGGUGGAUGGCUUUUUGCACUUUGGAGACACAGUCAUUCUGGUGAACCCUGGAGGUGGACAGCUUGACCCGCGCAGACCCUGUGUCCUCAGCAUCAUUGCCGACAGCAGCAAUAUUGAUUCACAUUCGCAAACAAAUCCCCAUCUUUUAGGGCCCCUUCAAGUUGGUGGAGCCCACAUUAUGGACCCCUGUGUCAGAAACGCCUUUGUCAUCACAAGUGUUGAUGGGACUUCAGAUGGAGAGGUGGUCAGAUAUGAUCAAAAUUUCGCUCUUAGAACUACAGCAGGCUUUGCCGGAGAGCUCUACCUUGCCAGUGACCACAGGACAUUUCAGAAGUGUGCUAAGAAGUCUCGACUACAGGAGUUGAGCUUAGUAGAGACCCUUGAUUUUCUGUGCUGGUGGAGAAUGAUGUAUUUGGACCCUCAAGAAAGAUUUGAAAACGAGGGAUAUCCUGUGCAGGUGAACAGCAAGGUUUUGAUUUCCCACCGUAAAACCAAUCAAUGCUUGGCUGCACUGGGCAGUUACAUCCUGUGGACUCCAUUUGGUAAAGAAUAUGAGCUCACCGCUCACACUUUUUUGGACUCCCAUAAGGCCGAGCAGGAUAAUAAUCAUUGGCUGUUUGUCACGGCAAAUCCUACCAAUCAAAACCAAAACCUGCUGCAAACACAACAUGACGCUGCCGUAAUAGAUGAGAUUGGAGGAGAGCAAGAGCCAGUUAAGGACACGCAAGUUAAAGAGGAUAGUGAAAAUUAG